CAUCAUCCCCACCAGGCAACCCAUUACCGUUACCAGACACGCACAAAGGAAAAGGCCAGAAGAGCGAUCCGGCCGCGACGCAUCGCUCGCCACGGCCAUUUUGGAAGCUUCGGCGCUUCGCUGCGGAGCUUUCGCCUCCGUCGUUCUCCCGCGAGGGCCGCGUGCGAACAGGGAGAAAAAAAAGGAGGGACGCCGCUGGGACUGUAGUCGGUUCGGUACGAAAGUCGUGAGAGACGUACUUUCGCGGGUACGUCGUUCGGCCCGAUGUGCGCGAUAAUAAUCGGUCGCGGGAGGACGAGAUAGCGUCGGGUCAGUCGAUCGAUAGCACGGUAAGGAGAGACCGGCGGGAGAUAGAGAAAGAUAGAGGACGGCGGCGUCUCUGUGUCGGCAGGUUCCGCACUCAAACGAGGAAACGAACGCCAGAACUACCAUGGAGGACGACCAGCAGUUCUGUCUCAGGUGGAACAACCACCAAAGUACGCUCAUACAAAACUUCGACACACUCCUCGAAAGCGGGACGCUGGUCGACUGCACCCUGGCGGCGGAGGGGAAGACUCUCAAGGCCCAUAAAGUAGUCCUCUCCGCGUGCAGCCCAUACUUUGAGUGCCUCCUCAGCGAACACUAUGACAAGCAUCCAGUCUUCAUACUCAAAGAUGUUAAAUUCAAAGAACUUAAGGCAAUGAUGGACUAUAUGUACAGAGGGGAAGUAAACAUUUCCCAAGACCAAUUGGCAGCACUCCUCAAAGCCGCCGAGUCUCUGCAAAUUAAGGGCCUUUCGGAAAGUAAAACCGCUGGUAGUAGUAAGACAGAGUCCAGGCCACAGAAAACAGUUUCACAACCUACAGCACCGUCGUUAGACAUUCCACACGCGUCUUCCGGUCUGACGAUAGAAAAGAACAAAGUUCCUAGGCAGAGUUUGGCGCAAAGUUCCGUGGGGGAUAUACCAGAGGAUAGCGCUAGUCCUCAGGUAUCGAAGGGUCUCUCCUCGAGGGAAGGUUCACAAAGUCCAACAUCCAGAAAAAGAAAAAGGCCUCGAAGAAGAAGUUUAACUGAAGAUCCAAUAGAAAACCAGGAUGCAUCGAAUUCCAGUGAUAUGCCUCAGCAAAUGGGUGUACCGGCGCUUGGUAUCGCGCCAGUGGCAGACGAAAAAGUACACGCAGAUCCAACAGACUCUCUCGGCAGGUCAGCUUUAAUGACGCAGUUGACGAAACCCGCCGACGAGAUGUUACAGCUGCCACUAGAAAAACCCGAGCCAAACGAUAAUCUCAUCGAGCCAAAGUCUGAAUACCUAGAGGACCCUGAAGAGGGCGUCGAAGACCUGACGCUGGAUGAAGAUAUGAACGAUCUUAAUGACAUGGAACAGGACAACAAUCGGGCUGGCCCGUCCCAUGACCCCGCCCAACACCCCGCAGGUCUUGGCUCAUGGCAUGUUACUGGUGACCGAAGUAAUGCGGGGGGUGUUGUGGGCUCUGUAGUAGCAGGAGCUCCCGGGACGACAGAUGAGGUUUUUCUACAAGCUCAGGAGGCCGCACAGGCUCAUCGCGACUCGCAAG